AUGCCGGCGCAAACGCAAUUGUCCACAGACUGUUGUCCAUACGUUACAACACGACGUGUUACACCAGACCCGCUCGAGCAAAGGUGUUCGACCAACGGUCGUGUGAAAAUUCAAUUGGCAUUUAUUGGGACCACCGUACGACAAGACGGUAAUGUGCACCGCAGUGUUGUGUACGCACCUCCGAUUCGUACCGCUGAAUUUACCAACAUGUAA